ACGCAUCAUCAGCCCAAAUGUAAAAUGUAUGUUUGGGCGACAUCUCUUUUGCCUUGAAUCCACAGUCCAGCAGGAGAAAUGGACAGAGUCUGCUGACACGGCUCGGUCAGGCUCCUAUGAGUUGAAGUGUCCACACCCCGCCGUACCCCGAUAUUGUUGUAGGGGGAUAAUGGCCGCGCAAGAGCCGUCUCCACCAUCUUCCCUGGAAGGCAACAAGCCGGGAUUCCCGAAGAAAAUCCUGGCCAAUAACCACGAGGAUAAACAUUUGUGCAAUUCCUGUCAGAAGAUCCUGCGGAGGCCCCUGCAAGCUCAGUGCGGACACCGUUUCUGCUCCUACUGCUUCAACAAGAUAGUGAGUUCUGGUCCACAGAAGUGCAAUGCUUGUAUCAAAGAGGACCUGUUUGAAGAACCCACUUCUAUUCUCAAGCAAGGAGGUGCAUUUCCGGACAACGCAGCACGCAGAGAGGUGGAGGCAUUGGCUGCAGUCUGCCCCAAUGAAGGCUGCACCUGGACUGGUACUAUCAAGGAGUUUGAGGCGAACCACGAGGGGCACUGUGACUUUAUGAUCAUCCUGUGUCCGUCCUGUAAAGAGCUGAUGAGAGCCAACGAGCAAGAACGCCACAAUGAACGUGAAUGUCCUGAGAGAACGCUCAACUGUAAAUACUGCAAAGAGCCUUUCCUCCUCAAGAACAUCAAGGCCCAUGAUGAGAUUUGUCCCAAGUACCCGAUGAUCUGUGAGGGCUGCGCCAAGAAAAAGAUCCCCCGGGAGAAGUAUGUGGACCAUAUUAAGUUCUGCAGUAAGUUUAAAGCACCAUGCAGAUUUCAUGUUGUUGGCUGCGAUACGUCUGUAGAGAUGGAGAAGGUGCACGACCACGAGCGCCAAUGUUCCUACGAGCACCUGAACCUGCUGCUGCACUUCAUCAUGGGCAUCAAAGUGAGCCUGGAGAGCCUGCAGCCCCAGAGCCUGGAGGUGGCCGGCCACAAGCUGCAAGAGCUGCACCAGUCUCUGAGGGAGCUGGAGACCAAGAUGUCCCAGCUGGGAGCUGGGCCACUACCCCCCGUGCAGGGUGUGUGCGGUCCAGCCCUGACCUCCUUCACGCCCCUGCCCAGUGCCAUGGGGGCGGCUCUGGAGCUGCAGCUGCAGAGUGAGAAGACCAAAGUGUGUGAGCUGAGCCGCAGACUGCAGGAGCUGGAGCUCAAAGUCAAUACAUUUGAGAACAUCGUGUGUGUCCUCAACCGUGAGAUGGAGAGGGCCUGCACCACCAUGGAGGCCUACAACCGCCAGCACCGCCUGGACCAGGACAAGAUAGAGCUCCUCAACAACAAGGUGCGUCAGCUGGAGCGCACAGUGAGCCUCAGAGACCUGUCUAUCGUGGAGAUGGAGGGGAAGAUGAGGGAGAUGUCUGCAGCCACGUAUGAUGGAGUGUUUGUGUGGAAGAUCUCCGACUUCACCAAAAAGAGGCAGGACGCUGUGGCUGGACGAGCCCCUGCCAUGUUCUCCCCUGCUUUCUAUACCAGUAAAUAUGGCUAUAAGAUGUGCUUACGGAUCUACCUGAACGGUGACGGGACAGGCCGUGGGACACAUCUGUCUCUGUUCUUUGUGGUGAUGAGGGGACACAGUGAUGCUCUCCUCAAGUGGCCUUUCAACCAGAAGGUGACUCUGAUGCUACUGGACCAGAACAACCGCGAGCACAUCAUCGACGCCUUCAGACCAGACAUCUCCUCCUCCUCAUUCCAGCGCCCGGUCAGUGACAUGAACAUCGCCAGCGGGUGCCCCCUCUUCUGCCCGCUUGCCAAGCUCGACUCCAAGAACACCUACAUCCGAGAUGACACCAUCUUUAUCAAGGCCAUCGUAGACCUCACAGGGCUUUAGGUAAUAUCAUCAGAACUGCCAGUCUGUUCAGAAGUGGCAGAAACUCAAUCAGCUUA